AUGAAUGUAGUCUUGCCGCGCGUGUCCGAAAUGCGCAAGCACGUGGGCGAGCUUCUUUUGCAAAGGGGCGCUCGCGGUGCAGUCGGCGAGGAGAAGGCACGGCUGCUGCUCGACAUUGCCCAAUACAGCGAUGCAGUGAUGCUGCGUGUCAUCAACGACGCAGAGCACAAGCGCGUCGCGGAAGCCGUGGCCCGCCUUCCAGAAGGCACAGUGUCUUUCGGACCGUGCGCCAUGUCAAUCGCAGACCAGCUGCAUUGCAGGGAUUUGGAGACAGUCAGCGAUGCAGAGUCGGAGUCGCAGCAGGAGGCUCCUGCGGUCGCGGCAUCCGCGCCCAAGAGGCGACGCACUGCGCGGCACGGUGGUCCGCGAGGUCUCCGCCUCAGCCGGGGUCGAGCAGUGGCAGUUCGCAGCUUUUGGAGCAAAGUGGCGACGCAGGUCAGCGUCUUUGCUCAGGCCCGCCGGCACGGCGUCAGCGGUGCGUGCGCUAGCUUCAUUAUCGCAAGUGUUCUUCGAUUAGAUAAGCUGUUUCGACUGCGGCUUCGAGGCUGGCUCGAGGCCUCGGCGUCUCGCCGGGUCAAGCAGUUGUUCCUCUGCGUACAAUGCAUGCACACGGCUCGAAGUAUGUAG